CUGCCGCGGCUUCCGAUCGAGGUGUGGGAGAACGCGAUCAACCAUCUGUGGUACGACAAGCGUACUUUGAGGAACUGCAUCCGCACCUGCCGAGCAUGGUACCCUCCGAGUCACUUCCACUUGGUCGGUUUCAUCCAGGUCUCGACUGUCACGGCAGUAAUGGCAUGUGCGAAGAAGCUGAAGCAGACGCCCGAGCUGUCGAAGCGGCCGCACAACAUGCACAUAGGGGGCGAUUUCCCAUAUCAUUUCCCGACGCACAUCGACUUCUCAGUACUGUCUCUAGCGGCGAUCGUGCUCGCUCCCAAGCUGCUUCGGCUGAAGCGGCUCACAAUCCGGCGUGCAGAGUGGCAGCCGUGGAGGAUGCACAAAGACGUCUGCCUGCAUCUCUCCGCCUUCUCCGUCACUCGCCUCGUUCUCGAUGAUGUCGCAUUCCCUUCGGUCAAUGUCUUUGGGCACCUCGUCUGUGCCCUGCCGCACCUGGCCGAUCUCCAAUGCAGCGAUCUGAAGUUCACGCAUUACCACUUCCACCGCGAUACGUUU